AAAAAAAAAAAGUGACACUAGAAAGCUGCAAAUAGUGUAGCACCUUUAUCUAUUGAAUCUAUCCCCCAAUAUUCUCGAUAUAGACGAGUACCGUAUACAUAGACUAGCACCGGCUUGCGUCCUUUGCACUCUCGGGCUUCCACCGAUUUGUUUGUCAUGUCUGCGUCAGCCCUUCUCGCGUCGGCCACGCAUCCAACGGAGCUCUAUGCUUUGUUCAAAUUCCUCGCUACCCCAUCACCAAAGCUCGAAGAUGCAACCGCCGCGGCUUCCCCCUCAGUUUCAGAUCCUUCCUAUUCGCGUAGGAUGUGCUAUCACUUUCUCAACCUCACUUCUCGAUCAUUUGCCCGAGUGAUUCAGGAGCUUGAUGCGGAACUUCGGCAUCCUAUUUGCAUUUUUUAUCUAGUUUUGAGAGGUUUGGAUACAGUUGAGGAUGAUAUGACAAUACCGUUGGAGAGGAAGAAGGAAGUACUGCAAAAUUUUCACAAGAGUAUAUAUCAGCGAGGGUGGACAUUCACUGAAAAUGGAGAGAGUGAGAAAGAUCGGGAGCUCCUAGUUAAGUUUGACGUUGUGGUGAACGAAUUUCUCAGCUUGAAGGAGAGCUAUCAGACUGUCAUUGCCGACAUAACCAAGCGCAUGGGUCACGGAAUGUCCGACUUCGUUUCCCGACCACUCCAAACGGACAAAUCCAUUCAUCACAUCGAAAUCACAACCAAGGCAGAUUACAAUCUAUACACUCACUACGUGGCUGGCCUUGUCGGUAUAGGCUUGACAGAGCUAUUUGUCGCCUCCGGCUUGGAACGGCCGUCGCUCGGCGCCCCGCACAAUAUCGAACUGGCGAAUGAAAUGGGACAAUUUCUGCAAAAAGUCAAUAUUCUCAAGGACUUUUUGGAGGAUCUAGGGGAAGGGCGAGUGUUCUGGCCAAAAGAGGUAUGGAGCAAGCACGUUCCCAAAGGAGCACCAGCCGAAGCGCUUGCCAAAGAGGAAAAUAUUGCGCGAGCGCUUGCAUGCCUGAACGAGCUUGUGGUUGAUGCGUUGGAGCAUGUGCCGAACUGUCUAGAGUAUAUGAGCUGCAUACAGAAUCAGACCGUAUUCCAGUUUUGCGCUAUUCCUCAGAUGAUGGCCAUCGCAACGCUGGAUCGCUUUUUCAAUGACCCCACGUUGUUUCGCACAACGGGAACUAAGAUUCGUCGCGGCUUAGCAGUUAAGCUAAUGUUAAAGUCUGGAGACAUGGAUAGUGUAAAGCGCACCUACGAGCAAUAUGCGUUGUCCAUAAACAGAAAGAACGCACAACGCGUUGGUACCAACGAGCAGGAUGAUAGCUUUUUGAAAGUCAGCACUACAUGCGCAAAGAUUGUUAGAUGGAUCCACACCCACGAUCAAAAGUAUGGGCUGGUCACCAAUGGCCGGCGUAAGGACUCUGGCUACGGUUCAACGCUUGUAGAUCAAUCGAGUAAUUCUGGAGGUUACAGCUUUAUUGUAGUUAUUGGUGUAGUCAUGAUUGGACUUGCACUGUCGUUGGGAAUGCUUCCAGCCGUUCAAUGAGAGUGAAAUCUUGUUAUUUCUGUAAUUGACUUGUACAAUGUGCAUGUUGCCGAUUGUGAAACUCUUCACGACGCAGGCCCGAUCCUAUAUGAUCGGA